ACCAUUGGGUGGACUGUAAACAGCGAAACGCACGUAGCUACUGUAUAGGACGUCGUUACGUCGGAGAGCCUGGGGAAAGCGAUCUGCACAGACGGGGAGGCAGAUAGAGAAAGAAAUAAACUGAAGGAAAAGAAACAUACGUGCAACUGAGGGAGGAAGGAACAUAAAGUGUGGCACCAACUGAGUUACAGCCUUCAGUGUCUCCCCCAGUUAUUCUGUACAUCUCCCCUCUGCCAUCAUUGACACUGCCACUCAACAGACUGAGCCUCAACAUAAGACUGUGAACCAUUCUUUCACCAUUAGGCUUCUCUCUGAAUGUAAGGAAUCAACAAAGUAAUGCAUAUGUGCAUAGACUGGACACUGUAAUGCUUUCAGACUGCACUGAGAAACACAGGAAAUCGCAACCAAAGAAAACACAUUGAAAAAGAAAAUGAUUUGAGCACUAAGAGCCAAAAGAAAAGAGCCCAAGAGAAACCUUUUUGUGUGCAAACAAGUAGAGUUCUACAGGUAGUACGAGCAGAUCAUGUGCAUGGUACAAAGACUGGUAUAGGGAAGUGUUCACUGGGGACAUACUGCCACACAUGGAAUAGCUGUCUACACACAAGCAGCAUAUGCACAGCCGUCCUGAAUCUCCAUUUAACUAAUGAACCCCAAAAAAUCUAAACAAACCCUACGCGUCAUCAGAGAUAAAGCAGUAGUUAUCAAGAAGCCAAUCCGGUUGAAGGAGCUAAUUUAAACUACUGUUAAAUCUGUUUCAUCCAGCACAGCAAUCAGCACGUUAAACGUUUCUACAUUCCUCUGUAAUAAGAUCAUUAUAAACCAAAUUCCGUAAAGCCGUUGGCCACCCAGUCGGACCGUCAUGGCUAGCAUCACCCAGUCCUCUGAGCCCGACAUCCCAGACAAUCACAAGGAGAGCUGGUUGGCCCUGCUGUCUGCGGCAGAGGCUUACUGCCAAAAGUCGGGGUGCGAUCUCGCCAUCCUGACUGCGAGCAAGAAGUUCCGCUUGCUGACCGCCGAGGGAGAUGGCACCAGGAAAUGGGACGGCGGCGAAGGGCCCGGAAGCAGGAAGUGGGAUUUCUCCUAUCAUGUCUGGGGCCAGGGGCCGCUGGCCGAGUCUUCGCGGCGCUACAUGGAUGACAUCGCUGUGCUUCACUCCACCUCGGUGCUAACUGCGCACAGGCAAACACACGUAGGGGGAGGAGAGAGGGGAGGAGCCACUCUGGGAAUAGACACUCCCACUGAGACUGGAAUCAGAGGGGGCUUGACAGGGGAAGGUGGGGCUGGAACCAUUAGCCCGAGUGCACGACUGUAUUCGCAGAGCUAUCCGUCAAUCUACAGUUCAGCCUCCGCCAUUGGCCAGAUCGUGGGACAGAAUGGAAAUGGGGAAAGGGAGCGAGAGAGGGUUGUGAUUCAGGAGGCGGAGAGAGUGAGGGAGAGGCCCGAGGGAGUCGAAGAGGAGGAGGAGGAAGAAGAGGAGGAGGAAGACAUGGAAAGCAGGAGGGGGAAUUUGAACGAGACAGCAGUGUUCAGGAGCUCAGGAAGCCGCUGUUUGUUUCUGUCAGGAGUGUUCUCCAUGGAUGAAGAUUCUCUCUCUCGGGACUGCGAGCCUUUCUUCGAGUCUGACGGAGAAGAGGAGAGCACUGAUGGCUCGCUGAGCGAGGACGCGCCGCCCCCUCCCCGCAGCAUGGCCGUCGGGCAGCUCUCUCUCUCCGCCCGCUCCCACCAUCCUCUGUCCAUGGCCCGCUCCCUCCCCGUCUCUGUGCCUGUGUGGGGCUACCGGGGGAACCGGGCAGCGCAGGGCGACAACCACAGCGGAGAGCGGCCUGGCUGUCCUGACCUGGACCACAUCGCUGCCAGCAUGCAGGCUCUGCUCGCCCCUGGUGCCACCGACGGCACAGAGAUGUUCGGAGGACUGCCCCGGCCCCGCCUCAACACGGGGGACUUCUCCCUCAAGCAUUGAGAGAGGGUACAUCCACUGACCACCAGGACAUGACACGACACGACAUGACACCAGCUACAGACACACUGAAAGUAUACAUAUAUAUACUUAAUGACUGUAUGCUACACUGACGCAUACUGACAUACUUACUGACCAUAUGGCACACUAACACAGAGGGGUUAAUGUACACUACGUUGAUUCUGAGAGAGUAUGCUUUUUUGUACUUUCAGACUGGUUGACUGUGCACUACACUGACAGAGUAUACUUGUAGGCUGACCGCAUGCAGCUCGUAGGGAGAGAGGAUACAGGAAACACUUGUUGUGUGAUUCACAACACUGACAGUGAAAGAGUUCACAUACUCAUUGCACACCACACUGUGACACUGACCCCAAGAGCAUGGAAAGAGAGUGACUGAUUGAUUAGCUGACUGGAUAAUACAAUGCACUAACAUUGCUGACCCCGCUAGGAAGGGGGGUGAGUGAAGUGUACACACUGACUUGACUGUGCAUCACAAUACAUUAAUAUGACUGAAAGAGUAAUAUGCUGUGUUCAGACUGAUGCUGGCAUUGAGAAAGGUUUACUACAGAGAGAGAGGGGGGGGGGGGUGGGAGAACUGCAUCUACUGCAUCUCCAACAUUUCAAGCUGUUAAAUGUAUGCGUACAAUUUAAAUAAAGAAA